AUUAUUCCUUCAGUUUCAAAAUUCGAAGCAAGCGAUGGAAUGUGUGAAUUGUGAUUGUACAGUCAAAACGAUGGACAAUUUGGAUAAAGCGAUUCGGGAACUGUUGCAACGUGGCAAACACGUCAAUCGAAUGAUGGACAACGAGAAGAUGAUUAGAGAAGCUAGACGAAUGGAAGAGGUUCAGCAGUUAAAGAUGCAAAUCCCGAAGCCUGUUGACAAGAAGCCCCGCUCAUCGGAAAAGAACCUCAAGCUCAUUUCAUGUGAGGAAACUUGUAUGGAUGAGACGCUGAAAAACUCGUCAAAGCCACGUAUUAUCUUCAACAAACAGCUCGGACACGCCGAAUCGAUUGAUUUCGAUGUUCCAUCGCUGUCUUAUGAGAGUUCGGAUAAGGGUGUCGUCGAGUCGACUACUUCGACGUCGGUGUCGAAUCCGAAAAAGACGACUUCUUCUUCGAUGUUCACCAAGUCGGAGGCCACUACAAUUUCGGAGUUGACCACUUCUACGUUCAAAAAGGCUAAGAAUCCAUCAGGUGGUGCUCUUGUGUUGGAUAAUCAUUAUUUGAUUAAUAAUGACGAUGGAACUGUGAGCAAAUUGCCAAUGAAGAUCUACGUGAAACAACAUCUCGAAGAUGGCUCUUUGGAUGUUCAACUUGUAUUUUUCGAUGAAAACUCGCAAAAAGUGAUGGAUAUUUCUAUGUUGGUGAAUGGGAAAAAGAUCAAAGACGUUCAAUUUUGUGGAAAAGACGCUAAACUUGUGAAUUAGAACUUCUUUUUGUAUUUUUUCGUAGAAUUUUUCUGUGUGUCAAGUAAAAGGAAUGCGGUUUU